AGCCUCCGCGCACGAGCAGUGAUUGGCUGACUCUAACACGAACGACGCCACUGGGGGCGGGCCGAAGAGGAGCGCAAGCGCAGUGCGCUGCGAGUCUCGGGACCCUUUUCCGUGCGACUAUGGCGCUCAACAAGAACCACUCGGAGGGCGGCGGAGUGAUCGUCAACAACACUGAAAGCAUCCUGAUGUCCUAUGACCACGUGGAACUUACCUUUAAUGACAUGAAGAAUGUGCCCGAGGCCUUCAAAGGGACCAAGAAAGGCACCGUCUACCUUACCCCUUACCGGGUCAUCUUCCUGUCCAAGGGAAAGGACGCCAUGCAGUCGUUCAUGAUGCCCUUCUACCUGAUGAAGGACUGUGAGAUCAAGCAGCCUGUGUUCGGCGCCAACUACGUCAAGGGCACAGUGAAGGCCGAAGCAGGAGGCGGCUGGGAGGGCUCCGCAGCCUACAAGCUGACCUUCACGGCAGGGGGCGCCAUCGAGUUCGGGCAGCGCAUGCUGCAGGUGGCGUCGCAAGCCUCCCGAGGUGAAGCCCCCAAUGGAGCCUACGGGUACUCUUACGUGCCCGGCGGGGCCUAUGUCUACCCCCCGCCAGUCGCCAAUGGAAUGUACCCCUGCCCUCCCGGCUACCCCUACCCACCGCCCCCACCUGAGUUUUACCCGGGACCCCCCAUGAUGGACGGGGCGAUGGGAUAUGUGCAGCCCCCACCGCCGCCCUACCCUGGGCCCAUGGAGCCUCCAGUCAGCGGCCCUGAUGUCCCCUCCACUCCCGCAGCCGAAGCCAAGGCGGCGGAAGCGGCUGCCAGCGCCUAUUACAACCCUGGCAACCCUCACAGCGUCUACGUGCCCACGAACCAGCCUCCGCCACCCCCCUACUACCCCCCGGAAGAUAAGAAGACCCAGUAGACCCUCCGCGCCUCUCCCAGCGCUCGUGCUCCAUCAUCCUUCCUCGGGGCCGAGCCUGGGCUGGGGGUGCUGGAAGGGAGAACUUGUUCUCCGCAGGUCUGGUGAUAAAACACUUACAGGAACUAGCGUGGAGGGGAGCUGGGGCCCCUGCCGCGGGUGCACCCAGCCUCCCAUGCUGGCACGGAGCCCGGCGCUGCUCGGCGCACUUCCCUCUCCAUCUCUGGGGCUCUCGGAGCAGGGGUGGCCCCCUUCCUGUUCUGCUCCAGGAGCUUCUCCCGUGGUGGAACUCUCUGGCCACCUCCUGCAGUCCAGCUCCCAUUCGGCCGCCACUUUAUACUCGGCUCCCCAGGGCCCUGCGCCCCAGCUCACAUUCCCUCCGCCGCCCUCCGGGGAGCCCUGCCUUCCUGCCUUCCAUCUGCAGCCCCAUCCCUCUCCAGCCCUGCCUGGCCCUGGUCACUCGUCCCUGCUGGGCAACCGGGCGCUGUGGCUUCCCUGCUGCUGUUUCUGGAACUUGUCUCCCUUUGCCUUCUCUCUGUUCCCGAUAGAAGGGACUUCUUGGACUGGAACUGGAGCGUGCAUGCCUGCCCCUUCAUGCCACUUGGGGGUUGCUGGGUGGGUGGGAACCAGGCCCCACACCCCUGGGCCCUGCCAGGCCUGUGCGCCCACCCUGACCCCUCGCCUUCCCUUCCGCCCCUUCAGCUUCACGCCGGUUGGUAUGAGCCCCUUGGAUGCAGUCACGUUUGCUCUCAUUUGCUCCUGGACUGGCUGUGCAGUGAGGAGAUGGUUAUUUAAAGAGAAUUCCCUAUUUAUUUGACAAAAAAUUCCACUUAAUGUAUUAAUGUGAAAUAAACCUCAUUUGCACCUUGA